AUGGAACCGACAAGUAAUGGCAACGUUGUUCCGUUAAAUGAGCGGGAGAGAGAUGAAGAUUUUGAAGUUGGUGAGGUAGAAGAGUUUCAAGAUAACCAAAGUGUGGUAUCUCUCAAGUCCAACGAUUCUGAUCUUAAGAAGAAGACCAAUGAUGAGGAGACAAAGCAGAAAGGUGGCUGGACUAACGCAAUCAUUUUGCUAGGGAAUCAAGGAUUAGCGACAUUGGCCUUCUUUGGGGUGGGAGUGAACCUUGUUCUAUUCCUAACACGUGUCAUGGGACAAGGCAAUGCAGAGGCUGCAAACAACGUAAGCAAGUGGACAGGAACAGUUUACAUGUUUUCACUUGUUGGUGCAUUUCUCAGCGACUCAUAUUGGGGUCGUUACUUAACAUGCACGAUCUUCCAAGUCAUCUUCGUCCUCGGUGUGGGUCUCCUCUCUUUCACUUCUUGGUUUUUCUUGACUAAACCUCGAGGUUGUGGCGAUGGAAACCUCAUCUGCAACUCUCCGUCUUCACUCGGCGUUGCUAUAUUUUAUUUAUCAGUUUAUCUUGUAGCGUUUGGAUACGGAGGUCACCAGCCAACGCUGGCUACUUUCGGUGCAGACCAGUUUGGUGAUAAUGACAAAACCUCUAAAGCUGCGUUUUUCAGCUACUUCUACUUUGCACUUAAUGUCGGAGCUCUCUUUUCAAACACUAUCCUUGUUUACUUUGAGGAUAGAGGGUUGUGGACUGAAGGGUUCUUGGUGUCACUAGGCUCUGCUAUUAUUGCAUUAGUUGCCUUUCUUGGCCCGACAAAACGGUAUCGUUUUGUUAAGCCUUGUGGGAACCCGUUACCACGCCUGGCGCAAGUGUUCGUGGCCACUGUUAGGAAGUGGAGUGUUGACAGGCCAGAUAACCACCAGGAGUUGUAUGAACUCGAAGGCCCUGAAUCCGCUAUUAAAGGAAGUAGAAAGAUAUUUCAUAGCACCAAAUUUGUUUUCUUGGAUAGAGCAGCAGUGAUUACUGAGGAUGACAGGAAAGGGACAAGGAUCAAUGCAUGGAGGCUAUGCAGUGUAACACAAGUAGAGGAAGCAAAAUGUGUGAUGAAAAUGCUCCCAAUAUGGCUAUGCACUAUAAUCUACUCAGUGAUCUUCACACAAAUGGCUUCAUUAUUCGUGGAACAAGGCGACGUAAUGAACGCAAACGUCGGUAAGUUCCACAUCCCCGCGGCAAGCAUGUCGGUCUUCGACAUAUGCAGCGUCUUGAUAUCAACAGGAAUCUACCGCCACGUCAUAUUCCCAUACGUGCGCCCCACGGAACUUAUGAGGAUGGGGAUAGGUUUAAUCAUUGGUAUAAUGGCAAUGGUGGCCGCAGGAUUAACAGAGAUCCAACGGUUGAGACGAGUCCUCCCGGGGCAAAGGGAAAGUGAGCUUACUAUUUUGUGGCAGAUACCUCAGUAUGUUCUUGUGGGAGCUAGUGAGGUGUUUAUGUACGUUGGACAGUUAGAGUUCUUUAAUGGACAGGCACCAGAUGGGUUAAAGAACUUGGGAAGCUCUUUGUGUAUGGCUUCUAUGGCGUUAGGUAAUUAUGUGAGUAGUUUGAUGGUGAAUAUUGUUAUGGCUAUAACUGCGAGAGGGGAGAGUCAUGGGUGGAUACCGGAAGAUCUCAAUGAAGGUCAUAUGGAUAGGUUUUAUUUUUUGAUUGCGAUAUUAGCUGCUAUUGAUUUUGUGUUUUAUUUGGUCUUUGCCAAGUGGUACCAACCUAUCAGCCAUGAUGAAGAUAGCAUCAAGGGUACUGGUGUGAACCGGAAGACUAUCUCAGAAUUGGACCAAGUUUGA